UUCAUAGUGGUCGGCCAUGUUGGUAGGCUGAACAUAACAUCAAAGCUAUAAAUUUUGUCGAAUGUAUCGUCCUGAACCAAUGUAAUGCCGACUACUUGUGGCAUUGUUAGUUGUAAUGCACGCCACGGGAGAGAUAAUAAACGGUUUUUUAGGCUUCCUAGCAUAAUCACGCGUCAGGGUGAAAAAACUCAAGAGAAAAGUGAAAGACGAAGGAGGCUUUGGCUUCGCUCUAUAAACCGGUCAGACCUAGGAGAGAAAACAUUGGACCAUUUGAGAGUUUGUUCUGAUCAUUUUAUAUCUGGAAAUCCAUCAACUCUGUAUGAUGACACAAAUCCAGACUGGAUUCCAACCAUCAAUCUGGGAUAUGAACACACAACCGAUCACGGUCAAAGAUACACUCGCAUUCAAAACAGAAAGGAGACGAAGCGGAUGAAGGAAGCGGCCAUGACCCUUGUUUCUCUGAGUUUGUCACUCGCAGAAGGCACAAAUUAUACACGUCCAAAUUCUACUCCCAAGUUGAGCGAGAAAAUAACAGAACUCUCAGAUUCAGAAAAAUUGAAAGGGGCACUGUCACAAAUUUCUGAACUGAAGGUAGAAAAUGAAAAAUUGAUUACCAUAUGAGUGGUGUGUGCUGCCCAGUCCUGGAACAGUUUAAAAAAAAAAAAAAUUAUAUUCAUUUAAUAAACACCAUUCAAAAUGGAGGUUUUUUUUUUUUUUGUUGGGGGCUCCCUCGUCCUUCAUGUUGUAUCAGCAGGUUUCUUCUGUUACAUCUCUCACAAAUGUCCAACAUAUAAUAGGAAUAUUUGGAUAACCGAUGUACAGAGGACAAAGCAGUACCUACCAAUGGAUUACUAUAAAUGAAAUUUUUUUUUACUUGAGUACUCACCAGGCAACAUAUCAAGUAUUAAUUAAUACGGCUGCAAAACAUUAAGAUGCAUGAAAGAAUUUUAAAUACCCAGGCCCGUACGCAGAAAUUUAUAUGGGGUGGGGCAUAAUCGACGGCCGGAGUUGCUAGGAGGGUCCGGGGGCAUGUCUCUCCCCCCCCCCACCCCCGCCCCCGAAUUUUUUUUAAAUCUAGAAUGCAGGAGAUGCAUUUUCCUGCAUUCUGGGAAGUAAAUUUGAAAUGUUUCUUUGCCUCGGUUCACAUCGUGGGACUAUUUUAACUUUUUAUACACAUCAACGGAUGGACCUGGGCACCCCCCCCCCCCUUCCCCUGAUACCAACCUCUAUUUUUUUUCGUUAUCUGUGUAGCAAAGUAAAGUUUGUUUUGUUUAACAACACGUGUUAGUAUGUGUGUGUGAUAAAGGAAUGUCAAUGAAUACCAUAAAGCUACACAUUAGUGGUUAAACUUUUAA